AAUUAUUGUCUGAAAUUUAACACAAUCUUUUGAAAUUCAUUUUUAAAAAUUUUCAAUUUAAAAGCUUUUAAAAUAUAAUUAUUUCUAAAAUUUUUUCAUUACAAUUUUUUUGAAAUUUAAUAAUUUCAAUUAUAACUCUCCUGAAAUUCAAUAAUUUUUAAUGAUCGACUUUUUUUGUGUCUUAAAGUCGAUCCGAGGCCUGCAAUUUGAAUUCAGUAUAAACGAUAAUAAUUUUACAUUCUUACAAAAUUUUAAUUAUUUUAAGUACGAAUAAAAAAAAUGAAACGAGAAUUUAAAUUUGGCGGUUUUAAUAAGGUGAGGAGUGGGGGGAAUGUAAAACAGCUGAUUGAGUAGCGUCUGCAAGUUUUGUUUAAUGUUUACUGACACGUCGCCUACAGAAAUUAACCUAAAAAAUUUCAAUAAAAUCGAAAUAAUUCAAAUCCUUUUGUUUCUUGUAAUAAGUGAAAAUAGUGAUUAAAUUGGGUAAACAGUUGUUAUUAUUAAGUUUUCUAAUGAAAACAGUGAUUUUAUUAACAGUUUAACACUAAAAAAAAAAUAUUGUUUAUUCCCGAAAAAGCUCAAAGUUAAAGGCAUUUAAUUUAUUAAAACCCUUAUUUUUAAGAAUCAUCAAUUUUGUUAAAAUUAAAAUUUUAAAAUAAAAUUCAAAAAAUUGUAUAUUUAACCUUAAAAAUUUUUUAAUUUCUUUCUUUCAGUCGGAAUAAUAUAUUUUUUCACUAAUUUUUUUUUUUUGUACAAUGAAAAAAAAAUAUCAAUUUAAUUAAAAGAAAAAAUGUACAUUAAUAAAGAAAGUAUAUAUAAAUUAAAAAGAAAAAAAUAAAUUCGCAACUGUUAAUAAAUUUAGAAUUUUGCAAAAAUCAACGAAAAAUGUUUAUUAUAAGAACUUUCUUUAUUUUUCUCUCAAUUCAAUCGUGGGUGAAUUCAAUGAGAAAAUAUGAUAAAAAAGAUUUAAUUGAAUUAAGAGAAGAGGUACGAACAAUGUUUAAUCAUGCCUAUUCGAGUUAUCUUAAUUAUGCAUAUCCAUAUGAUGAAUUACGUUCAUUAAGUUGUGAUGGUUUUGAUACGUGGGGUAGUUUUUCAUUGACAUUAAUUGAUGCAUUGGACACAUUGGCGGUAAUGGGAAAUUAUUCUGAAUUUCGUCGUGUCGCUGAAAUUAUAAGUGCAAGAGAUGAUUUUGAGGCGAAUAUCAAUGUUUCUGUAUUUGAGACAAAUAUUCGUGUUGUCGGCGGUUUAAUUAGUGCACAUUUAUUGUCAAAAAAAGCGGGUAUCACACUUGAACCUGGUUGGCCAUGUAAUGGACCUCUUCUUCGAUUGGCCGAAGAUAUGGCAAAACGAUUGAUUGCCGCAUUUGAUACACCAACGGGAAUGCCGUAUGGAACAGUGAAUUUAAAAUACGGAGUUCCUGAAGGAGAGACGAGUAUCACAUGCACAGCUGGUAUUGGAACGUUUAUUCUCGAAUUUGGAACACUAUCACGAUUGACGGGCGAUCCACUUUAUGAGGAAGUUGCAAUGCACGCAAUAAAGGCAUUACAUCAUUAUCGUUCGAAAAUUGGCCUCGUUGGUAAUCAUGUCGAUGUAUUAACGGGACAUUGGACUGCGCAAGAUUCGGGAAUUGGAGCCGGUGUUGAUUCAUAUUUUGAAUAUCUUGCAAAAGGUGCACUAUUAUUUCAGGAUCCCUAUCUUGCGGCAAUGUUCCAUGAGAAUAAAUUGGCAAUUGAAAAAUAUAUUCGCAAGGAAGAUUGGCAUCUUUGGGUAUCAAUGACAAAGGGUCAAGUUACAUUACCCGUGUUUCAAUCACUCGAUGCCUAUUGGCCUGGGGUAUUGAGUCUUUUUGGUGAAAUUGACGAUGCAAUGAAAUCACUUCAUAAUUAUCAUCGUGUUUGGAAACAAUUUGGAUUUACGCCGGAAUUUUAUAAUAUUCCACAAGCCGAGGCGGGUACAAAUCGUGAAGGUUAUCCAUUGCGUCCGGAAUUAAUUGAAUCGGUGAUGUAUCUCUAUAGAGCGACGGGUGAUCCUUAUUUGAUUCAGGUGGGUGUGGACGUGCUUAGAAGUUUACAGCACAGUGCAAAGACAACGUGUGGAUACGCGACAAUUAAUGAUGUUCGAGAUCAUCGAAAAGCUGAUAGAAUGGAAUCAUUUUUCCUCGCCGAAACAACUAAAUAUCUCUAUCUUCUUUUUGAUUCAGAAAAUUUUAUACACAAUAGCGGAGAGCAUGGAGACAUUGUCACAACUCCUUGGGGUCAAUGUGUUGUUGAUGCUGGUGGUUAUAUAUUCAAUACGGAAGCACAUCCCAUUGAUCCAGGUGCUCUUCAUUGUUGUCGUCGUGUACAAAGUGUAUUUCCUGAGAAAAAAUCAACUCUUCGAAAAUUUGUCCCUGUUAUGAAUAAAGUCGAGGAAAAUACAACAAAUUCACAUAAUGAGCAAACAAAAUUAUUAACUAAUGAAAAUUUAAAUUCAAUGGAAAUAAUAAAACUUGUCGAAAUGAGAAAAAUGGUUAAAGCUGAAAAGGAAAAUUCAACAAUAGUUGAAGAUAAUUUAGAGCAUAAAACAACAACAACAACAACAACAACAACAACAACAACGGCUGAAAUUGUCGAAAUUGAUGCCGACGAUGUGAUUGGUGAAAAUUCAAAAAAUUACGUUUCACCACCACCAAAUGAAUUAUUGAAAAUUGACGAUAGCGAGAAUGUUGAAAUUUAUGAAAUGGAUAAUGAAAGUGAAUUUUUCACAACUGAUACAAUUAAUAAUCACAGUGAUAAAUUGGAAGAGGAACAAAUAUUGAAAAAGAAAUUUGAACCACAAACAAUGUUUGAAAAUAUACGUGAAAAAAAUUUAUAUCCAAUGAAUUUAACAGCUAAAGUUAAUUAUCAAACAUUAUCAUGUCGAGCUCAACCUUUUCUUCAAAGAAUUUCAAUUGUUGGUGAAUUUUAUUAAAAUAUGUCCUAUUUUUUUUAUUUUGACAUCUAAAGAACAGUUUUUAUUAAUUAUAAACAAAAAUUGAAUUCUAUAAUUGAUAAAUAGAAAUUUGUGUUUGAUUUUAAUAACGACGAUUGACAUUCAAUAUUACCUUUUUUUCGUGUGUUAAAGGUUUUAUUCUGAUUUCUAGUCAAACUAGAAUAUUGUAUUUGCAGAGUUUGUUAACAUUCCAUAAAAAUUUACAAAUGUUUUAUGCAUAAUUUUUAAAGUUAUUGAAAUUUUGUGCAAUAUAUAUAUUUAUAUUACAUAUUUAUAUAUAUAUAU